AUGGCAAGAACCAAGUUCACUGGUGGACAGACUCGCGAAGAUGGGAGAGGGCGAGAGAAGAAAAGCGUGAGGGAAAGAAGAAGGUGGACUAUAGCACCAAGAGGAAGCCAGGGGCGAGCAGAGAGUCGGCUCCGAAGUGGCCAGAGACCGGUGGGCAAGACAUGGAUGAUCAGUGAUCCCAAGGCCCUAUGGGAUUCAAGAACGCAUCCGUAUCUUGAGAAGGAUGCAGUUCAUCUUGGGGAGUUCACAAAACUAGCCCUUCCGGCGUACAGAGAGCCCACGAUUGAGUUCCUUGCCUCGCUGAAGCUUAAACUGCAUCCUCAAGAAUCCGCUGCUGAGCUCAAGAGGGAUGGGGCCGGAUACAUCACUUUCAAGCUACUGGGGCAAGAUUACCUGCUCAGUAUGUUGGAACUGGAAACAAUUUACCAGUUUGAGGAAGACAGGGGUCUCGACACGGAGGUAUGCGUGCCGGCGACAGAGCUUCAUGCCCUGUGGAAGAUCAUCAGCUCAAGAACUUAUCAGAUCUCCAAGAACAAGAGCGGUAACAUCAAAAACCUGGGCAUACGCUACGCUCACAAGGUGAUAGCUAACACCAUCUUUGCCAGACAUGACUGUUCGAACGUCACAACGCAAGAACUUGAGCUGCUCGACGCCGGCAUCAUCCAGAACUGGAAACCUUGGACGACGGAAAAGAAAUGCAAGGGAAUUUGA